AUGACUACAAGUUUGGCUAAAGUUCCCAAGAGCGAGUUGACCUCGGAUGAACUGGCAAAAAGGGAAGAGGAGGAGUUCAAUACUGGUCCCCUUUCAGUCCUCACGCAGAGUGUGAAGAACAACACUCAGGUGCUGAUCAAUUGUAGGAACAAUAAAAAGUUACUUGCUAGAGUCAAGGCAUUCGACAGGCACUGCAAUCUAGUGCUGGAGAAUGUCAAAGAGAUCUGGGUUGAGACUCCGAAGAGUGGAAAGGGCAAGAAGAAGGCCAGACCAGUCACAAAGGACAGAUUUAUCUCCAAAAUGUUUCUAAGAGGAGACGGCAUCAUAAUUAUCCUCAAAAACCCAAAUGCUGCUCCAGCCUCCUAG